GGUUUUUAUCUUUUAUUUAUUUUAUUAUUUUGGGUGGGAUUAUUAGGAAGCUGGGAACUACACGAUUCAUUCAGAAGUUUGAUUGGUCUGCCAAGUGGUGGUACAAAAUCUCAGGACUUGGUCUUUUAUUUCUCCUCUUUUUCCCUUAUUUUCAAGACUAUUUCCUUUUCUUUGAAAACCUGAGGAGGACAAGCUGGCCAAUUGCAAUUGUUUUUCAAUUCCAUUGAGCCUUCAAAUUCCUUGCUUGCUUGCUGCUUAUUGAAUUCCUCAUCAUAUUUGGAGUUUUGGAGCAUCUGAUUGAAUUUGAUAAGAAAAGAAGAGAGAUGGAGCUUUCACUGGGAAUGGGAAGAGAGAGAAAGAAGGUGGUAGUGGUGGGAGGUGGUGUUGCUGGCUCCCUUCUUGCUAAAUCUCUCCAGUUCGUUGCUGAUUUCACUCUCAUUGAUGAGAAGGAAUAUUUUGAGAUUCCAUGGACAAGCUUAAGGACCAUGGUUGAGCCAACAUUUGGAGAGAGAUCGAUAAUCAACCAUAGAGAUUAUCUCACCAAUGGCCAACUUAUUGCAUCCAGAGCAAUCAAUGUCACAGACACGGAAGUGCUGACCGCAGAGGGUCGUCUAAUUCCCUAUGAUUAUCUUGUCAUUGCCACUGGUCACUCAGAUCGUGUUCCCAAAACUAAGACUGCGAGACUUAAUCAAUUCCAAGAAGAGAAUCAAAAGAUAAGGUCAGCUAAUUCCAUUUUGAUUGUUGGAGGAGGCCCUACGGGUGUAGAACUCGCGGGAGAAAUUGCUGUUGAUUUCCCGGAUAAGAAAGUAACUCUGGUGCACACUGGCACAAGGUUGUUGGAAUUCGUGGGACCAAAAGCUGCAGACAAGGCUCUGAAGUGGCUUAAAUCAAGGAAAGUUGAAGUGAUAUUGGAGCGAUCAGUCGAUUUAGAUAAUAUCUCAGAUGGAUGCAAAACAUAUAAGACUUCAGAGGGAGAAACAUUGACAGCAGACUGUCAUUUUCUAUGCACGGGCAAGCGUGUGGGUUCAGCAUGGCUCAAAGAAACGGUUUUGAAGAAUUGCUUGGAUGUUAAUGGGAGGUUGAUAGUAGAUGCAAAUCUUAGAGUCAAAGGUCGAAAGAACACCUUUGCAGUUGGAGACAUUACUAAUAUUGCGGAAAUCAAACAAGGGUAUCUGGCGCAAAAACAGGCGUUGGUGGCCGCAAAGAACAUAAAGCUAUUGCUCGCAGGCGGAAGAGAGAGUAAAAUGGAAGCUUACGAACCUCAUGCGAUAAUGGCAAUUGUUACACUUGGGAGGAAGCAUGGGGUUGCACAGUUCCCCAUCACGACCAUUGGCGGCCGCAUUGCGGGACUGAUCAAAUCUGAAGAUCUUUUCGUGGGGAAGACGAGGAAGCAGCUGGGCCUCGAACCUCACAUUUUGAAAGACUAAUUUGGUUUGGUGUGUGUUGUAUGUGUGUAUGUAUAUGUAUGUGUGUAUGUGUGUAUGUGUGUAUGCAGAUAGGCGUUUUACCUGCAUGAUUGGAACGCGUCGUCCACAUGCUUUCAUGACCGGUAGACUUAUUGUUCUUCCUAUUCAUAUUUAGUCUAAAACUAUAAAGAUGUGUAACGUUUUAUAAUCUCA